AUGGUAUCUUUAAAAACCGUCCAAGCAACAAACGCCCGCCUUCGGGCAAUCCCCAACAUAACCGCCCUGUUCGUCGGCGGCACAAGUGGCAUUGGCCAGAGCACCCUGCGCCAGCUCGCCCGACACGCCGACAGCCCUACAGCGUACAUCGUCGGCCGCAGCCAGGCCCGCGCUACACCCUUCCUGUCCGAGCUCCAGCAAACAAACCCCAAGGGCCGCUUCCACUUCAUUGAAGCAGACGCAUCCCUGGCGCGCAAUGUCGACGCAGCUUGUAAAGAGAUUCUCGCCAAGGAGAAACACUUGAACUUCCUCUUCAUGACGCCUGGGGGGAUUUCCCUCGGGGGGCGAAACGAAACAAUUGAAGGAAUAGACCACCUCUUCUCGCUCCGCUACUACGCCCGAAUGCGCUUCAUCCAGAACCUGCUCCCCCUGCUCUCCUCGACCCCGUCCUCAGCCCCAAGCCGCGUAGUGAGCAUCUACGGCGGCGGGUUCGAAUUCCCCAUCAACACAUCCGACCUGGACCUGAAACACACCUUCUCCCUCUUAAACGCAUACAAGCACUCCAUCACCAUGACCUCGCUGGCGAUGGAGCAUCUCGCGACAACGAACCCGGCUGUGGGCUUCGUGCAUGCAUACCCGGGUCUUGUGGGGACGAAUAUCUAUUCCAAUAGCUUUCCGGCGCCUGUGGCGGCGGUGUAUAAUUAUUUGAUGUGGCCGCUGAUGUGGCCGUUCUCGGUGGAUUUGGCAGAGGCCGGGGAGAGGCAUUUGUUUCAUUUGGCUUCGGGGAGGUAUCCUUCCAGGGAUGGAGCUGGUGUUCAGGUUGGGGAGGGUGAGGUGGCGACGGGGAUUACGGGGGAGAAGGGCGGUGGUGCGUAUUUGUUGGAUUGGAAGGGCGAUGUUAGAGGCAGUGCGAAGAUUCUGGAGAAGUACCGUGAGCAGGGCGUUGCAGAGAUGGUUUGGAGACAUACGGAGGGGCUGUUGGAGGAAGCUGUUAAGCGGUGA